AUCAUGACGUUAUUCUGCCCAUGCUGGACAUUCGGUCAGGUUGCAGAGAUUGUCAACAAUGGUCAAACCUCGUGCGCAGUCAAUUCACUGAUUUACAUGCUGAUCACGGUGUGCAUCUUUGUGCCAUGCUUGCUAUCAUGCACAUAUCGGAAAAAGCUAAGGAACAAGUUUGACCUACCUGAAAGCCCCGCUCCCGACUGCAUCAUUCACUUCUUAUGUGAGUGGUGCGCUCUCUGCCAAGAACAUAGGGAGCUCGAGCUCAGAGGCCUGGACCCUUCUUUAGGAUGGGUAGGAAACAUGGAGCAUAUGCAGAGGUUGCAGCAAAAGCGGCAAGCUGCCAUGGCUCCCCCCACGACCCAAAGAAUGACUGGAUAUUGAACAAAACCAAAUGUUUGUGAUAUUGGCUAUCCUUCCUAUUUCCCAUCAAAACUAAGCAUCGACUUGGUAUUUUGUUGGUUUGUAUGCUUUUAUGUUGUGGGAUGCUUUUUUAUCUUGUAUUUUUUGUUAUGAGGGGUGGUGAAGAGGGAUGGAUCAUCAAUGUCUAAACCGAUUGAUGUGAAUGUGAACAUUUUGUGAUUUUGAAUCAAACAGAUGGUCCAGCUACAAGUCCUGCAUUCCGAUCUCUAGAACAUUGGCGCGACAUCCAAAUUUGGGUCCGGGAAAUAUGAACUAUUUCUGGCUCCAAACACGAACUUAUCAAAUACCUCAUCUGAUUAAUGUUAUUUUUUCACUUAA